AUGGCAGACGAGGAGGUGGCCGAAGAGGGCGCGCCCGCGCGGUCGGCCCGCGCGGACGUGGAGAGGGCGCUGCUGGAGGUGGCCGCAGGCAUCGCCCAGGCCCAGGAGGCCCAGGCCAGGCUCGCUGGUGCGGUGGGCGCUCUUCUCCGCGACGGCUUGGCUGCCGCGGACGGGGCAGACUGCGGGACCCCAUGCGCUGUCCGUCCGAGCCAGCCCUACGCGCUUCCGCAGGCCACGGCCAGCACGUCCUGCGCCGUGGGCUCCGCGGGCCACUACCCGCAGCAUGUGGCCUCCAAUGGGAGUCUCGGCAAGCCGCCCAGCACUUGGCCCAGCUCAUUGGAGAUUAGGUGGAGCGAGAUGGGGGAGGAGAAGGGAGCGGUAAUGCGGAUAAAUCGCAGCGCAUCGCGGCCUACUCUGGAGAGAAUAUUUGAUGAUGCGAGGUCUGACGGGGUCAGGAAGAGUCUCUCAGACGGAGGAACGUUUUCCAAGCUCUCCAUGUUUCAGUGGUCGAUUUCCCAUACUUCCAACGUGUACAUGUUAUACAGACUGUUGGGUACAGCCCUUCUUUUAUAUGAUAUCACGACUGUUCCGUUGACUAUUGCAUGGGAUUUUCCCAUGGUUGGUUUCUUGAGAGCCAUGGUUUGGAUAACAGCGGUGUUUUGGACAAUCGACAUCGGUGUUUGCUUCACCACCAGCUUUCACAUCAAUGGGGAACUAGUCGACAACAUUCCUGCCAUAGCGAAUAAUUACCUGCGCUCUUAUUUUGUCAUCGACGUCGUCAUCGUCAUGAGCGACUGGGUGUUUCUGCUGGUUACGAACUCUGUAGGCUGGAGGGUGGCUCGCCUCGCAAAAGUCGGCCGGCUGCUAAGACUUGUGGCUAUGGGCCGCGAUGCAAAUGGCCGUAAUAUUUUUCGGAUGAUAGAGGAGAAAUGUUCGGACUAUUGGAAGCUCGCGUUUCGUUUUGCUAGCAUGUUCGCCACCACUCUUUUCUGCGCGCAUAUUGUAUCAUGCGCUUGGUUCCUCAUCGGCACUUCGUCUCCGUCUGACACGGGCACGAAUUGGAUCCGCGAGUCAGGGCUGCCUUUAUCUGACGGAAGCGUUUGGUAUCAGUACACGACGGCCUUUCACUGGGCAAUGGUUCAGAUAUGUUUGGGGUCUAACGAGGUGGUCUGUGCCACAAGUGUCGAGCGGAUCUUCUCAGUUAUGUGCAUGGCGAUCGGGCUGCUCUUCGGCACCACCCUUGUAUCGACGCUUUCCACAGCGAUGUUCCAGGUCCAGAUGGAUCAUCGUGAAAAUCUGAAGGAUGACCAGGUAUUUGAAUGA